AUGGAGGCAGACCAGCCCUCUCCAGACAAGGCCCGCAAGAAGCCCUCUUCUGCCUCGCAUCGCAAGUCGUUGGCGUGUGAAUACUGCCAUCGCUCGUUUGCGCGGCUCGAGCAUCUCCAACGCCAUCUCCGCACGCGUCAGUUUUGCUCCUCUUCUUCCCCCCGCCUACACGACAACCCCCCUCCCCCCGUCAACAAGUUGACAACCCUCGCUAACGCCGUUGCAGACACAAAAGAAAAGCCCUUCUCAUGCGACAUUUGCUCCAAGUCUUUCGCCCGCAGUGAUCUGCUUGUCCGACAUGAACGUCUGGUGCACCCUGCGGAAGCUGCUGCUCAUCGAGGAGAGCGCCGAACUGGGAGCGAUGCUCCCCAGCCGGUAGUACCGCUUAGUUCGUCUAUGAUCCAGCCGCCUCAUGGCGACUCUCGCAUGCUGGACAUGCCUACCUCGGUCUCAGUGCAGCAGCCACUUCAACCUCCACCACCGCCUCCCCCUCCCCCUCCCCCGGGAGCGCAGGUCCAUCCGGCACCAAUCAUAGAUCAGAAUCAUUUUAAUCCUUCUUGGGGCUAUGACCUCAACCUUCUUUCGCAUGCUGCCAGCCACGUGGCCCUUGAGAACCAACAGGAAUUGGCCCUAGAAUCUAUGCCAAAGCCGCAUGUGCCAUCCGGCCCGUCGCCGCAGUUACAGCCCGUUGGACAGGAGAAAAGCAUAGCUGAUGCAUAUAGCGUCGAGCCAUCAAUACUAGAUCUGGCCGAUCUCGGGGACCCAGUCCAAGACUUCACUGUCUUUCUCGAAAGCGUCGGAUUAUCUACCGACUGGGAUUCAGGCGUCUUUUCGUCGGUCGAGACAGAUCCGCUGUUAUCCAACCCCCUUUCAUUUGAUUCGAAGUCGGGUUAUGGCCAGCAAAGACUCAAUCCAGACCUAUUGAAUGAACAACGAGGGUCGGCAGAGGAGCCUCCCUCCUUUUCUAACUUUGGGUCUCGACUUCCAUCCUUACAACCUGAGCCCCAUGAAUCUGAUGAGCGAGCGAGCUUGCUUGAUGAUCCGACCAACCCGCGACCAGCAUGGGAUAUCUCAAAUACAGAUCGACAGUUGUUCCUCUCGAGGCUAGAGGAAUUUGCACAUGUUCUUCCUCGGGGAUUUAUCCCGCCUUCUAGACAUGCCUUGUCACGCUUCAUUGCGGGCUACAUUAAUGGCUUGAAUGAGCACCUUCCUUUUAUCCAUGUCCCCACGCUCUCAGUCGUGAGGAGUAUUCCCGAACUCACAUUGGCUCUUGCUGCCGCGGGCUCCCAUUACAGGUUCGAGAACAGUCGAGGGAUUGAACUCUUCCAUGCAGCCAAGGCAGUCCUGUUCGAGCGUAUUCGCCGGAGGGAUGCGAAACAAGUUCCCACACCGACGUGGGACAUUUACGUUCCGGCGACACCCUCCCAGAGAAGUUCGACUAUUGCUUCAAAUACUCCAAAUAGCCCCUUCCAGAGCCAUAAAUACAUCCACCAACCGGAAAUAAUGAGCUACAUUAUGGACGAGUCUGAAGCUCAUAUGGAAAUUAUUCGCACGUUCCUGCUCUUGACGGUUUUCGCAUCCUGGGAAAGACAACCCGAGUUACUCCGAGAAAUUCUUGCUCUACAAAGUACCCUCGCCAGGCUAGUGCGUGAACACGGACUGUCAGAGUCAAACAUUGUCUCUGAGAGCUUGGCUUGGGAUGAGUGGGCUCGAUUGGAAGGCAACCGACGCACGAAAUUGAUUGUAUAUUGCUUCUUUAACCUACACUCUAUAAUGUAUAACAUCCCACCACUCCUUUUGAACUCGGAACUCAAUCUGAGAAUGCCAUGCGCGCACGAAAUUUGGAAGGCGAGCAAUGCGUCACAAUGGCGACGGAUUUAUCGUUCGUGGCAUGAGCCCGUAGUCACGUUCCAAGAAGCAUUUGCGAAGCUCUUUUUCAAAUCACCACCUUCGAAUCCAUGUCCCAUUUCUCCUCUCGGAAACUACAUCCUGAUACACGCCAUUAUCCAACAGAUAUUUUUCGCUCGUCAGUUACGCCUUUCGGCACCGCAUAUGCCAAACACCAGCCUCCGCCCCGAGGAUUUAGCAGCAUUGGACAGUUCUUUGACUGCCUGGAAGGCAGGCUGGAAGAGAACACCUGGGUCAAGCAUUGAUCCUCAGAACCCGGCAGGGCCUAUUGCGUUCACCUCUACGGCCCUCCUGGGACUUGCUUAUAUCCGACUUCACCUGGACCUGGGGCCAUGUCGACAUCUAGUGACUCAAGACCCCUUUCAAAUUGCAAGAGCUCUAAAUGAAUCUCCGCCAAUUAUGCGUAGCCCAAAACUAAUCAUGGCUCUUCUUCACUCUGCUCAUGCACUUUCCAUCCCCGUAAGACUUGGAAUUGACUUUGUUGCACGAACACAUUCAUUUUUCUGGAGUAUUCAGCACUCGCUCUGCAGUUUAGAGUGUGCAUUCCUUCUGAGCAGGUGGCUACUUGCCAUCCCAUUGACACAAAAUGAACAGAGGCUAUCUGACCAUGAACGGAAGUUGCUUCUCUGGAUCAAAAGCAUGAUGGACGAAACUGACAUGGUGGUACCAACGGAUGGUCAUGAUCUCGAAUUUGUUCAAGACCCCUUCAAGGUCAGGCAAUUAAGUGUUGCCGUUGUGCGUGUUUGGGCACGUACAUUCAAAGGAAACACGAGUUGGGCUAUUGUUGACCUGAUUGGGUCGAGCCUUGAAGCAUAUGCCGAUCUGUUAGAGGGUUGA